UGUCUCUGUUGCUGAGGGCGGGUUGACUUCCGUAGGGGAAGCUUCUGGAGACAGCUUAGUAGGCGGACCCAGGCUCCAGCCGGUCCUUUGAGCAAGUGGGCGCAGCCAGAUCGCACGUGGCAGUGGACAUGGCUCACGGGUCGGAAGGCCGUGUGUCGCGGGGCUGCAAGCUGCCUCUCCUGCUCCUUCAUGUGUCUCUGCCUCUACUUCUGUUCCUGUGGCAUUCGCCGCCCAGCGCAAGUUCCCUGCGUGUGAAGAUGGCGGGGACAACUCAGACUGUGCUCCUGAAUGACAAUGCCACUAUUUUCUGCCAAGUCUAUGGUGACCCCUCCCCAAACAUAACCAUUAUGGGUGUCACCUGGUUUUGGAAGAAUCCAGGGUCUGCAACAGAAGUUAAGCUAUUUGAGUUUUUUGGAGGCCAACACAUGACAGGUCGACCUGGAGCCAUGGUGCCUCUUAAGAGUUUGGAGAGUGGGAAUGCCUCACUGCAGCUGCCAGGGAUCCAGCUGAGGGAAGCAGGAGAGUACCGAUGUGAGGUGGUGAUCACCCCUCACAAAGCAGUGGGACAAGUCAAGCUGGAGGUUGUGGCUUUCCCAGUCAGCAGCUUGUUUCCAGAGCAAGCCAUAGUGAAAGAAAAGCAAGAAACACUUAUUUUGUGUAUGUCAAGUGGGUUCCACCUUGACAACAUUACUAUUACGUGGAAAAAAUUAUCCCAGAAGGAUCCUCAGGAGGUUUUUGAAGGCAUCAUCACUAAUCACACCAUCGAGAAUGGUAUGUUUAAUGUCACUAGCUUCUUGAUGCUGAAGCCCUCUCUGGAAGACAAUAUGACCAUCUACCAGUGUGUGAUAUAUCACAAAUCCUUGCCUACCCCUCAGAAGCUCAAUUUCACCUUGACUGUGAUAGAAUCUGAGAAGACAGCUUGGAGUUUGAACAAUUUUUUCUACAUUGGAGUCCCCUUGUCACUUGCAGUGAUUUUAUUAAUUAUUUAUCUUUUAAAAAAGGCACGACCCCAAACACGUCCCUUAUCCUGUGUCUUGAAAGCUUCUUCUCAAAACACCCAAACCUAUACAGCAGAGACUGAGGAAUUAAAAUGAGGUGCUGUCAUUAUGA